AUGGGUAGGGCACCUCGCGCAAAGAAGGAGUUCAUUUGUAAAUACUGUAAUCGACAUUUUACAAAAUCGUAUAAUUUAUUGAUCCAUGAGCGUACACAUACGGACGAACGUCCGUACAACUGUGAUAUUUGCGGUAAAGCUUUCCGGAGACAGGAUCAUCUGCGAGAUCAUAGAUUUAUCCAUGCGAAGGACAAACCUUUCAAGUGCGAUGUGUGCCAGAAGGGAUUCUGUCAAUCACGCACACUUCAGGUGCAUCGAAUUUCACACGGCAAUGAUAAUCCACUGUAUUCGGAUCAGAGAAAGCUACGACGAGCUCAAAAUCAAGCCAUUUUUAAUGACUUUCGAAACGUCGAGGUUAGUAGGAUCGCUUUACAAAAUAACUUUAGGAAAGAGUUUUACAGUCUUCCAGGAACAGCUGUUAGGAGAAAUUAUACGAUUUUGUAG